UGAAGACGAAUGGCCAAAUUAUACAUUUGAAGGAUUCACACGCUCAUGUUAUUGUGAUAAAUCUUGUCCCCAUGGAAAUACAAUUAACGACAAUCUUGGAUUAACGUGUUGCAAUGACGACGUGAUUAAAUCAGGCUGCCAAUCGGUGCGAAUGAGACAAUCCAAAUUAUCCCGACAAAUUGUACCAAAUCGACGACAUUCAUUUGGACCAUCGGCAAGAGUUUUCUUCUCAUUGAUAAAUGAUUGACUUUAGGUGUUGAAUUUCAAUCAAAAGAACUCACAAUUAAAUCAUGAUGAUCGAUAAUUUUAACGAUUCCAAAAGAUGGAGCCUCUCUCUUGUCACACUCUCUCUUCCACUCUGUAGCAUCCUCAUUCUCAUCUUCCUCCUCCUCCUCCUCAUCCUCAUCAUCAUCUCCCUCCCUUGAUGAAGAUAAACUUGAAAUAAAUUUGAAGGUUUACCUGAGAAAAAAAAAGUUUGUCUCUUUUUUUGGCCCAACGUAAUUUCAUUUGCCCCUUACCUGUUGAAGAAUCAACAUCAAGAGUAGUAGUUAGAAUUAAAUCCUUAGAGAAUUAAAUCAAAUCAACGAUUUACAUCUCAACUUUAAUUUAUUAAUAAACUUUUUUUUCUUCCCGUGUUUCAAACUAUCAAAUCAAAGUUAAUUUAGACAAUGAUCAUGAAUUACAAUAUGAUUAAGUUCCUAUUCUUACCUGUGAUAUUUAUCAGUGUUUACGGUCAAACGGAAACAGAAUUACCCUCAAUCGAUUUAGGUUCAUCUAAUACUAAUGAGUGUCCAGCUUCAAUGUCCACCUUUGAACUUGUCACUGGAUAUGUUUUCACCUCUUCAGAUGAUACAAUUGAAACUAUUCCCGGAGUUUUACAAUUAACUGAUUGUCUUACAAAGUGUAAUGAUAAUAUUACUUGUCGAGCGGUAAACUAUGAAACUGGACUUUGUAUACUUUUACGUUCUGAUGCUACAAUUAAACCGGAAGCCCUUCAACCCUCACAGUUUCCAGUUUUCACAAUUUACGCUGAAAAAUCAUGUCUAAAGGGAAUUGAAGGUAAAUUAUGUUCAUCUUCAUGGUCCUUUGAAAAGGUAAAUGGUUAUGAGCUUCGUAAAUAUGAAAGGAAACGUCUUAAUGGAACCAGCAAAGUUGAAUGUCUUGAAUCUUGUCUCCUUGAAACAUCAUUUAAAUGUCGAUCAGUUAAUUACGAUAAUACAACAGGUGAUUGUUCAUUAUCCGAUAUUGAUAGACACGCUAUUCCAACGAAACCACCACGUAAAGAGUUUGCACCAUCACUUAUAUCACCAUCAACUGUUGCCUAUUAUGAAUCAAAUUGUAUUGAAGAACCCAAAACAAUGUGUUCCUUUCAAGAGGUUAAAGGUAAAGUGUUGAAAACCGUUGAUUCCAUUCACCCAAAUGUCAACACAACCGAAGAGUGUGAAAAGGUUUGUCUCAAUGCCGUUUACCGUUGUUUCUCAUACGACAUGGGCGAACCUAAGAAUGGUCGAGUUUGUCGAACCAGUCAUUUAGAAUCUGUCUCAUUAACUCAUAUCGAGGAACCACAUUCAGAGGUACCUGAUGCAAUUACCUAUGAGCGAGGACCAUGUUACAAAUUGAAAAUUGACUGUCGAGCCAAGGAAAUGAUUGCAUCGAUUCAAACAACCAAAUUAUUUAAUGGAAAGGUUUACGCUAAGGCAAAGCCAACGGCCUGUGUCAACGAUGUAACUAAUCAACUUGAUUUUGAUCUAACUAUGCCUUAUCAUGAUAUACUGUGUGAUGUUAAGCAAAAGGAAGCCGGAACCUUUGCCAAUGACAUUGUCAUUCAACAUCAUGAUAUGGUGGUAACCACCAAGGACAUGGGUCUAUCAGUCAACUGUAACUACGAUCUGUCCAAUAAAAGUGUCACCAAUCAAUCGCCCAUCUCUAUUGGAGCUGAUGAACUUGAACGCGAUGAAGCCAAUGUCCAUUCACAAGUUGUUGGAUCGCCUAAUAUUACCAUGCGAAUUGUUGAUAAAGAUGGAAAUGAUAUAACAAGUGCUCAAGUUGGAGAUUCAUUGACCAUGAGAUUUUCUAUCGACGAACCUUCAAGUCCUUAUAAGAUGUUCAUCCGUGAAUUAGUUGCCGUCGAUGGUCAAGAUGUUUCUGAUAUCUUGUUGAUUGAUGGAGCUGGUUGUCCAGUUGAUAUAAAUAUUAUGGGAUUUGUGACCAAAGUAGAUUCUGAUGGUGCCUAUUAUCUUGAAGUGCCUUUUGAUGCUUUCAAAUUUCCAACCUCUGAUAUUGUUCAAUUCCGUGCUUUAGUUACACCCUGUUUAACUGGCUGUGAGCCCGUUUCAUGUGUAUCUCAAACAGCUGACGGUAAAGUACAAGAACGUGAUUCAUAUGGUAAACGACGACGAAGACGACGAUCAGCUAUCGGCGGUAAAACUGAUGAAGAGAAGGAUCUUCUUAUGACCCAAUCAAUUAAAAUUACUGAUGUAUUUGAAUUGGAAGGUAAAAGAAAACCAGGAAAUAAUAAGAAUAGAAAUGUUUUGGGUCCAUUGGGUGGUGAUAUGGGUUCAGAAGGUUCUAACCCAACUGAUUAUUUCAUUUAUAAUUCCCGAGGUGAAGACGGAAGUGAACCAGUUCGAAAUGUUUUCACUGGUUCUUGUAUAAACAUGGCUGGUUUUACGAUUGCAUGUGGACUUUUCCUGGUUGCACAAUUAAUCAUGUUAAUUGUUUGGGCUUGUUGUUGGCAGCGUAAAAUGAAUUCAGUAUAUAAUUCAUCAUCUUCUUCAUCAACUGCAUCAUUUUCAUCAUCAAAUAUCUGUGAUAAUAAACGUCGAUCAUCAAACCUUCAAAGUCCAUCCUACAUAUACUCAUACGGAGGUCCAGCCGGUAGUUUACCGGGUAAAACCAGUGAUACAGCUUCAAAUUUACGUUACUCAACAAUGGGCUGUCGAUAUGAUUAAAAUGAUUAGAUUGUUAACUAAAAAAAUUAAUCAACGAAUUUUUAAUCAGAUCAAAGUUCUUAGGACCAUUUCAAGAUGAUUCUUGCCAAUUACUCUUUAAAAUUAACUCUCACCAUCUUCCAAUGAAUCUCUCUCUCUCUCUCUCUCUCUCUCUUUCCGCAUCACCCUCUAUCUAUCUCCCUUUUAACUUUCAUCAUUCUCAUCAUAACUUAUUUAUCUCCCAAACCACCAAUUAAUUAAGGUACGUUUUCUACCGACAAUCACUUGAUGUUACUUUUCUUGUGAGGAUAAUCCACUUUAAAGAAAAGGGAUCAAGUUAUCCACCGAUCAUCAUCAUCUCAGAUUAACCUGCGUAUUGGAAUGUCUCCCGUUAAGUUAAUCAUCAAUCAAAAAUAGAUUACAGCAACAAUUAAAAUCCAUACACAUUUACACCCAUCAUAACAUAUGAAGGCUCCAAAUCAGCACAAUCAAUAACUUUAUUUUCAAAGAUAAAGAAAAAUAUUUGCCGAUAUUUUCACCUUAAUAUAAGAGAAAAAAAACUUUAAUUCUCUUCUUCUUCUUCUUCUUAUUGAAUAACUUAUUCAUAAUCCCUUCACCUUUAAGGUCCAUAAAUGGAUUCGGACGAUGAUUCCACCGCUAAUGAAAAUCAUAUUCCAAAUGACCAUAACUAAACCAUCAUCUCUUUCUCAUUGAAUAGAAACAAAAACACAGAAGUAACUCUUCACCAGUUCUUCCGGCGUCUCUGGUGCCAUACCAAAUGAACCCACCUUUAAUUUUAUUCUGUAUCAACACAAUUUAAACAUAAUCAACAUCUCCAACCAUUAACUAAUAAUCAACAUUCACCUUUAAUUGGAAUUGACAAAUACCUAUGAGGCACCAGAACUCUAGUCUCGUGAUUAACGUUAUUAUAAACUUUUCGCAAGAGUAAAAGUUAUACGCACAUUCACUGAACUUGAGUUUCUUAAUUGUUGAUUUCUCUCUCUCUUCACUUCUUGGUUAAUUAGUAUUCAAUUCAAUCAACCUUAACGUUUGAUGAUUGACGUUGAAAGGGAAAAUUAUGCAAAGGAAAAUAUUGGAACCUCUCUCCCUCAUCUUCCACCGCCCGAAGUGGUUAUGGUUCCCUCUCCACCCAUAAAUCAACAUUGUCUCUUAUUAUUUUCUACCUGGAAGGUCAACACACAUGUAAACACACUCAACGUGAAACCCACCGUCAACUUCCUGUUUUCAAAACAAACAAAAAAUCGACUGCUGUGAACAGCUGAUUGUUUACUUUAUUUAGACUCAUACACCUAGAGAAAGAGAUAUUUUCAAUCCACCCUGAGGAGGAAAAACAAUCAACAACAAUCUGAUUGAUUAUUUUAUCAAAUCAAUUCCUAUGGAUAUUUUUACACAAUUUAACAAUCUAAAGCUCAUACACUCACCAAUUACCUUUAAUCCUCCCAUAGAUUAAUUUUAAUUGAUGAAAUUUUCACUUUUCAAUUCUCAUCAUCAAUUUCCCAGCAAAAUAAUUUAAUCAAUUAUUUAUAAUUAAUUUCCAUUGAUCAUUAAGUCUCUCUUUUAUCUAGAAAAUAUUGUUUACCUGUUUUACUCAACACAAACAAACACAGGUAACAAUUUGUUUUCCAGAUUAAUGAUCAUUUACUCAUUAAUCCAAUAAUCUAAUCAGUUUAAAAUGAUGAAAUCAAGUUAAUUGUAUGAAAAACAAUUUAUCUUGUCUUUUUGAUUGUUCAGGUAAACCUUGAUGUUAUUUCAAACAAUCAAUAUGUACUUACAAUUAAAAUACACCAAGGAAAGUAUAGUAACAAUAACAAUAACAAUUAAGUUAAAUGUAAAUUAAAUUAUUGAUCAAUAUCAAUAUUAAUUUAAUUCACAAUGAUUAGUUAAUUUAUCUCUAAUAAUUACUUUGAGAUUUACUUUCUCCUAUUGUUUUUCAUAUGAUUAACUUGAUAUUAUCAAUUUUUUCCCUAUUGUCUUUUACCGUCCAAACAAUUAACUUAAUUUCUGUCCUUGUAAUUAGUUAAAAUUACGUGAUAAUCAGUUUUAAUUGGUUGAAGAUGUUUUUGUUUCUUUAAUUAAUCAUCAUCAUUAACAAUCUCAUUAUCAUCAUCAUCAUUAUUUAUAAAAAAAACAACAAUCAAAUUAGUAAUUUAUUAAUCAAACUGUAAUUCUGUCCCCAAUCUUUGUAAUAAUUAACUGUUCAAUUUGUACCAACGGUGUGGUUUCUUUGUCUUCCAACUUUAACAACAAUUAAAACUAUUGAAAACAA